AUGGUGGGAGACUCUCAAGGUCUAGACCAGCGACGCGACUCCUCCCUAGUGGAUGUGCCCUGGUCCAUUAUGGACAAUCCUCUAAAGGAGUCACGUUUUCUCGUCAUCAGGAUGCUUGUUCUCCUGCUCAUCCUAGCAGUCUGCACCACUGCACAGCAAUGCCCAGCAAGGUGUAGCUGUUCUGCGACGACUGCGUGGUGCUACCUGAAAGGUUUAACGACGGCACCGACUGGCUAUCCGUUGACCACACAAUAUGUGAAUUUACGUAGGAAUUCUAUCACCUCCUUGAAUGGCAAUGAGUUCGAUGGUUUGAGAAGCCUGACCAACCUAAACCUUGGAAGCAACGAUCUUUCUACCCUGCCCGUGGGCAUUUUCAAAGACCUAGUAAGCCUUAAAGAACUGUACAUUCACGUCAACAGGAUUACUAGCCUGCCUGCAGGCGUUUUCAAACCUCUAGCAAGCCUUCGACUUACGUGGAUAUGGGCGAAUCGCAUCACCUCCUUGCCCCGCAAUAUAUUCGAUGGUUUGAGCAACCUGGAAUUCCUACACCUUGGCCACAACUAUCUUGCCAGCCUGCCUGUAGGCAUUUUCAACGGCCUAUCAAGCCUUGAAGAUCUGAUAUUGUUCGACAACAAGUUCACCUCAUUGCCUAUCGGGAUUUUUGACAAUUUAACUAAUAUUGUCGCUAUGAGGCUUGACAACAAUCAGCUCACGCUUUCAGAGGACUUGUGUAGCUUUGCGUUUGUACUGCCACUCAGUACUAAGGAGCUGACUGGUUACUCAACCGUUGACCAGAAUGUUUUCACCUAUGUCAACAAUAAUCUAAUCCAAGUGAACUUCACCGCAACGCAGAUAACCAAUACCAGUGUCAGUGUUAAUGUCUCUUUGAGCAAUUCCAGUGGCAUCAGCAAGUGGUGUGUUGACUACACGCGCACUCACCUGGCUGGUGUUUCGUCCCCCGGAGCGAGAAACACAACAUGCACAAGCAACAUCAAUGGCAUUCUCGAUAUCACAGAUAUGGGCACGGAUGCGACUUACUCCUUAGCUGCUUAUGGCUUGGUUCCGGGUGGUAGCAUCAAAUAUUGCCGAUCACGAUCCUCACCAUUUAAAACCCGUGAGUUGCUCUGA